CACAUUGCCAAGGAUCCACAGUGAGAAGAAUAUUUGUGCUGUUGCCCAGCAUCCGCUGACCAUUCCCUGAGAAAGAUGAUCAUUGGGCCACUGCUGAUCUGUUCCUGCCUGACUCUCUCCAUCUCCGUCUUCGCAUCUGGGACUGGGGCUUCCCCGACCACUGUGAACGGAACUCGGGGACGGUCAGUCUCCUUAUCUCCUGGGAUCCCAGUCGAACAGAACGUUACUGAGGUUGAGUGGAAUCGGGUAUCACCCAGAACCCAGAUAGUGAAGUACUCAAAGGGGAGCGUUACCUCCUUCGGUACCGAGUACAAGCAACGGAUAACUCUUCAUCCCGGGGACUUCAGUCUGGAAAUCCAUGAUCUACGGAGAGAGGACUCCGGUGAUUAUGAGGUGAUGUUUACAAAAGAUUCAGGAGCUGAAAACAAAUCAACAGUGCGACUGGAGGUGUACGAUUCCAGCACUGCCUCAACGUCCAGUAGCGGUCUGACAGGUUCUGUGUCCUCGAGACUGCCUCUGGUGAUCGGAUUGUCCGUACUGGGUGCCCUCCUGAUCUCCUCUCUCAUUGUGCUUCUCUUGGUCACAUGGAGGAGAAGAGCCGCUGGAAAAGAAACGUCUUCAGGCACUGAGGACCCAGCAGCGGAGAACACUGUUUACGCAGAUAUUCAGUGGAAUGCAAAGCGUCGCACCGGCCAGCAGCCCCCCAAGGGGAAUGUGAGGUUUGCUGGUCCUGAGGUUCAUCCCGAGACUCCCCACACUGAGUACGCUGCAGUCAUGUUCCAUGCCCGACCACCACCGGGAUCGGCUGGGGAAGGAGCCCGUAGACAACGUCCCGCAGUCUAGGACGGACCCGCCCUCCCUUCGCUCCGGCACAAGGAUGACACAGACCCUCGAGGGGAGCCGAGGGUGGGUGGGGAGAUACAGGGGAUCCACUGUGUCCCGUGGUUGUGGUUUUGUUGAUGUUGUUUCGUUUGGCAGCUGUUUUUCUCUUCACACGUCUAACUGGUUUCUGCCAAGCCAGUCCUCCAGCUCAUGGCCGCAUCGAUGGACCAUGGCAAAGCCAUCUUGGACCUUGUUGAGAGGACAUGUUGGGACCAGGUGGAGGGUGUCCUGGGUUGUGGUACCACAGGGGCAAGCUGGGGUUUGUCGGAUGCCCCAUCGCUGUAGUGUUUGUGCUGUUUUGGCAUGUCGACUUCUGAGUCUAUUUGUGGCUGCCCAGUAUUUUCAGGUAGCUGCAGUAAAGCCCGGGAGGAGUGAGGUGGGGUCCUCGAUCAGAUCACCACUGGCUGGCAUGUUGGUGUGCCAGUAUCGGUGCCAUAGGAAUCGAGGUUUUCCAAGUUGUAGAAAGGUUUUGGGGAUUUGAGUCGGGAAGUUGAAGCUUGUGGUGGGACUAAUGGGACAACAGUGUGUCUGCACAUUCCUGCUGGACUUUGUAAGUGUUGAAUAUUAGUUUAUCAGCUUUAAUUGUGAGAUCUGUCUGUAUAAACUCCCCCGUCCGUAAUCCCCAAUGUGUGCCCACUCCUCCGUACAUAAUCGACCCAUCUGAACCCACAACCCCGUCAGUAAUCGAACCAUCAGCACCCACAACCCCGUCAGUAAUCGACCCGUCUGAACCCACAACCCCGUCUACAAUCGACACGUCUGAACCCACAACCCAGUCAGUAAUCGAACCGUCUGCACCCACUUCCAUGAUCUCCCUUGUCUGUAACUCUCCUUGUACAAAAUUGGCCUGUUGACACCCACUUAUCCAGCAGUAUAUGAUUAAUUGAAAAAUUGAGUUUGUCGCCAGUGUCCAUCUUCUCACUGAUACCCCACCUCAAGCAAACAACCCUCCAAACUGGUUCACUCCCAGGAUGUGGAGUUAUGGCUGGAAAAGGUCUCACCUACGUCUUGUCCAGGUGGAAAAUGGCAUCACGACUGCUCUCAUUAUUUUUUACAAAUGGCACCGAGCAGUGAUGUGGCUGACUCUUUGUGGUUUAGGUUCGCAGGAAUAGCAGGGUGACAGAGUGGGAAGUUUUGGGUUAGAUCAGCUGUAAUGACCUGGAUGAGGGGAGUGAGAGGUCAAGGUCAGUAAGUGAGCAGCUAGGGGAAGGAACUGGACAAUCAGUUUGGGAUGCUCCGAGGUCAGAGGCUAGCAAUCCCUGAGUUCAAGGGUCAGUGAUUCCUGAAGUCAGUGAGUCCCCGGACUGGAGGCCCAAGGUCUGUCAGCAAGUCCUGAGGUCAGCGGCUCUUGAUCAGUGAGUCCUGGUGUUGAAGCCCAGAGGUCAGAGCUGAAUGUCUGAGAGUCUGGGGGUGCAGUCUGGAGGUCAGAGUUCCCAUGUCUGAGAGUCUGGGGGCACAGUCUGGAGGUCAGAGUUCCCAUGCCUGAGAGUCUGGGGGCACAGUCUGGAGGUCAGAGUUCCAACGUCUGAGAGUCUGGGGGCACAGUCUGGAGGUCAGAGUUCCCAUGUCUGAGAGUCUGGGGGCACAGUCUGGAGGUCAGUGUUCCAACGUCUGAGAGUCUGGGGACGCAGUCUGGAGGUCAGAGUUCCCAUGUCUCAGAGUCUGGGGGCACAGUCUGGAGGUCAGAGUUCCAAUCUCUGAGAGUCUGGGGGCACAGUCUGGAGGUCAGAGUUCUCAUGUCUGAGAGUCUGGGGGCACAGUCUGGAGGUCAGAGUUCCAAUCUCUGAGAGUCUGGGGUCACAGUCUGGAGGUCAGAGUUCCAAUCUCUGAGAGUCUGGGGGCACAGUCUGGAGGUCAGAGUUCCCAUGUCUGAGAGUCUGGGGGCACAGUCUGGAGGUCAGAGUUCCCAUGUCUGAGAGUCUGGGGGCACAGUCUGGAGGUCAGAAUUCCAAUGUCUGAGAGUCUGGAGGUCAGAGGUCCCAUGUCUGAGAGUCUGGGGGUGCUGUCUGGUUGUCAGAGAGUCUGGGGACACAGUCUGGAGGUUUGGGGCCAUGGGCUGGCCUGCCCGGGGGAUGGAGCCCUGUCUGUGUGUCUGAGUGGGGGUUGGGAAGGGGUUUUUGCUGUUUUUCCCUGUUCUGUGUUGGUUACAUGUUGUUCUACAAGACAUCAUGGACAUGCUAUGUUGUCACCAGAGCUUGUGGUGACACUUGCUGGCUGCCCUCAGCACAUCCUCACGUUGUGUUGGUUGUAA